AUGGCACCUGAUAACCUUAUGUCCAAGCACAUUAAGUACGACCUCAGUGACAGUAUGCUCGGCUUUUCUGUGAUGAUACCGUCUUCACCCUCGUUGAUUGCGCCACCUCCUCAUCACCUAUGUUCACCACCACUGCCAAUGGUUGUUGCAGUCGCAAUGGUAGCAGCAGCAGCAACAGCAACGCGGUGCCUCACUGUGAUAGAACUGGGGUCUGGGGCGCUAAUCUGCAGCUUCGUGUAUUCAUGUAGAGCAAUCAGUACGAUGAACCUCCUAAUCUCCACUCGUUGCAUCUACACACCAGUCGAUCUUGGUCCGCUUCAGAAGCUGAAAUGUUCAUCGGUAGCUGGAUUAUACCGUUUCCAUGGGUGGAUCUAUUUCUUGUCAAACGUUGUUACUUUAGCCAGUGUAUAG